GUGGGACGUGUGUGCAUUUAAUAACGAUCGGUAACCAAAAGUGAAGUGUAACUCAGCAAAAAGGCAACGCAAACAAACCACUCGUAUAACAAUGCAGCUCUUGCUCGUGGUGGCCACGGUCGCGUUUUGUGGAGUUGCUCAAGCGCAACAGGGCGUCGAUCCCGCCUAUUUGCGUCAGUAUUACCAGCAGUUGCAGCAGCAGCAGCAACAUCAGCCCUCCGAUGGCACGCCCAUCUAUGAGCAAAAUUCAGAGCAGACGCAGCAAUAUGUGAGCGCUGGACAACAGGUCAGGCUGAAGGAUACGGUCUCCGACCAGAUACGCGCCCAGCAGCAGCAGCAGCAGGGAGGAUAUGUGGCUCCAGCAGUUAGGGAUUAUGUGCAACAGCCGCAGUACCAGUCACAGGCCCAGCAGAGCGUCUAUCGCCAACAGCAGCCAGCUGCAGCGCCGCCUCGUCGCGUCCAGCAAGCUUACCAGUCUUCGUCGUCGCCGCUGCUCGGCAAAGGACAAUCGAAGCUGAAGCUGCAGCAGCAACAACAAUCCGAGGAGGAGGAGCAAUACGAUGAUCAAAACUCCUCGUACCAGUUUGGCUUCGAUGUGAAAGACGACGAGUUCACCAACUAUCAAAAUCGCAAGGAAGUUCGCGAUGGUGGGGUUAUCAAGGGCAGUUACUCUGUCGUCGAUUCGGAUGGUUUCAUUCGCACGGUCAAGUACACCGCUGAUCCCAAGGAGGGCUUCAAGGCGGAGGUCAUUAGAGAGCCCACCGAUAUUGUGGUCAAGAUUCCAACGCCAUCGCCACCAACGCAGCUGCUCCGAGCGGGUGGCCACAAGGCACAACAGGAGUACGGCCAGGCCAAGCAGCAGUAUCAGCACCAGCAGCAGCCGCAGUAUCAUCAGUACCAGUAAGGAGGAGAAGGAGGCUAACAUAUCAAAAUUAUACUUAUAUCCUCUUUGAAAGUUCCGCCAGACCAUGUAGUUUGUAAUUUCGUCGUCGACUCAAGCAGGCAAUGUUCAUAACAUUAUUCAGAUUCAUAUAUAUAUAUAAAUAUUCA